CAUCCAUCACUGUCUACUUCAAGGUACUUGUGCUCCCAGCAUUCCCCAAAACAUCUAUCAUUUGUUAGCUAAUGACGUCCUCUGACUAAUCUUUUACCUGCUCAUUACAAGCUGUUAUUCUGUUCUUAACAAGAGUCUUUUAGUCCAGGUGUACAAUUAGCCAUUUAAAAACCUUGAUUUUUAUCCAUGUUGAUGAUGACAUGAGUUGUUUCUUGCAAGAAACAACCUCAUCAAUUUGUGAAAUUUCAUCCCUGCUGAAUAUUCCAUGGUCAACUGUAAAUGGUAUUAUUGGAAAGUGAAAGUGUUUAGGAACAGCAGCAAUACAGCCGUGAAGCAGAAGACAACGUAAAGUCACAGAGCGCUGAGGCGCAUGGUUCGUAAAAGUUGCGAUUCGAUAGCUGAGGAGUACCAAACUUCUACUGGCAAUAAUACGUGCGCAAAAACUGUGCGGCGGUAGCCUCAUGGAAUUGGUUUCCAUGGCCGAGCAACUGCAUGCAAGCCUCGAAUCAAUUAGUACAAUGCCAAGCGUCAAAUGGAGUGGUGUAAAGCGCGCCACCACUGGACUCUGGAGCAGUGGAAACCUGUUCUGUGAAGUAACGAAUCUGGCUUCUCUGGCAGUCUAAUUAUGGAUGCUAGGAAAACGUUCCCUCUCUGACAGCAUUGUGACAAUUGUAAAGUUUGUUGAAAGAGGGAUAAUGGAAUGGGCUAUUUUUCAGGGGCUAGGCUUCUAACUUUAAGUGAAGGAAAAUCUACCAAGAUAUUUUGAGCAAUGCUUCCAAAUUUGUGGGAAGAGUUUGGGGAAGGCCUUUUCUAUUCCAGCAUGACUGUGCCCUAGGUCACAAAGCAAGGUCCAUAAAAACUUGGUUGGAUAAGUUUGGUUUGAAAGAACUUGACUGUGAGCCCUGACCUCAACCCCAUUGAACACAUUGCAAGGCCUUCUCCAACAUAAGUGCUUGACCUCACAAAUGCUCUGCUGGAUGAAUGGGCAAAAAUUCCUAAAGAAAGUCUAAAAUGAUGAGGAGUGUCCUACUAAGGUCCUUUAUAGUAUAGUGCAUAUUUAUUGAGCCCCGAGGGAAAGUGGACCCACCCAUGACAUUUUUGUCCCAGGCCCUGUGAACUUUAGUGAUGACUAUUUGACAACUAUUUUCUUGUCAGUACCUCUAGACCACUCUUGUUCUCCUAAGCUCUUCCUAGUUCUCUCUUUGCGUGCGAGUGUCCUUGGCGUCUCUUAGUCACGUUUAUUUUCAGUCUUUUCCCUGGCUGCCAGACCGAUAAAGCUGUGCCUGCCUGGCCAUGGUGGUGGAGGGUGGAGAGAUGUGCGUGUGUGCGUUGUGUUUGUGUGUGAGAUGUGAAAUGUCUGCAUAUGUGAAGUGGUUUUGUGCUAUGUUGGGGUCUGUUUUAGCAGCAGAAGUGUGAUGUUGACCCCAACUUCCCUCAAGGGAUGGGUGUGCAUAUAUGUGUGUGUGUGUGUGUAUGUGUUUUGGGGGUUAGGGGAGGGGGCCGUACAGUACUUACUGGGUUACAGUAGGCACACUGCUGACGUCUGUGUUGUGUUUCAUGUUGUUCAGUCUGUCAGGAGUUCCUGAGGAGAAGAGAAGUCUCAUCACACAGAAGAGCAAAAUGACAAUGGAUGAAGACCCUGAGGUGCUUGUGAAGGGCUGGCUCCUGCGGGAGGUGCAGGGAGCUUGGCUCCGGCAGAGGAGGUUCUGGUUUGUGUUGACAACAGACUCUCUUGACUACUACAGCGGCCCGGAGAGUGAUGCUCGCAGACUGGGCACGCUAGUACUCACAUCCCUCUGUUCAGUUCUGUGGCCGGAUAAACACACCUACAAACAGACAGGUUACUGGAGUCUGACAGUGUAUGGCCGCAAACAUUGCUACAGACUCUUCACAAAGCACUACAAUGAGGCGGUGCACUGGGCGUGCGCUGUACAGAAAGUCAUAGACAGCAAAGCGCCGGUUGAGACGCCAACACUGCUCCUCAUACGAGACAUUGAGGAGAAUAAAUUCAAUCCAGAAAUUGUAGAACACAUCUAUGAACAUAAUCCCAUCCUGAGGUACACGCAGAGCCCCCUUUACGCCCCACUGCUGCCUUUCCCCUAUGGCAGCCUCCACCACACACAUAUGGCAGGUAAAGGCUACACAUCCAUCCGUGAAGAGGCGGUGAGGCUUUUUAACUGCCUCCAGCAGUUGGAGUUGGCCCGUGAGCCCGUUCCUCUCAUACAGGGGAUCCUCCAGACCUGCCUCGACCUCCGGCCACUCCGAGAUGAACUCUACUGCCAGCUUAUCAAACAGACCAGCGUUACCAACUUACGUGUCCAGACGCAGACACAGACACAGCCGAAUCCGCAGCUCCGAUACUGGCAGCUGCUCACCUGCAUGAGCUGCACCUUCCUGCCCAGCUGCAGCAUACUCCGAUACCUACGCUUUCACCUGAAGAGGGUUCAGAGUUUGAGUGUGGACUCGGAGGUGGAGAGCUACGCGUCCUUCAUAGCCCAGGCUCUGGAGAAGACGCGCGGCCGUGAGUGUGUGCCCUCGUGGGAGGAGAUCCAGGGGCUGAUGGGAAGGCAGGAGAUACUGUGUACUGUGCACUACCCUGGACCGGGCUGCUGCCAGAUACCUAUCACCUCGCACACCACGGCUAAUGAGGUCGUGAGGAAGAUGGCGGAACGCCUCGGGCUGCAGGACAGCCGAAACACAUUUGCUCUUUUUGAGCAGAACUCGUGCUGGGAAAAAGCUAUCGGAGGCAGCACCAUAAUCGCAGAUGUCAUCACCAGAUUUGAAAAUUUGUCAGCUAAAGAUCCAGACUCUGACUGCCAGUGCCGACUCUGCUUUAAACUGUAUUGUCUCCUGGACACCGACAACAUCAGUACAGACAGCAUUGAGUACCUCUUCCUGUAUGAGCAGUGUCAUGAGAUGGUGGUGCGGGGGCAGCUGCCAGCCUGUGAGGACGACCUUCUUUCCCUGGCAGCGUUGAGACUGCAGUGUCUACUGGGAGAUUUCAGCGCCCUCUCACCGUACCCACCCUUGGAGCAGCUCUUUCCAGCUGAAGUGGUGGAGGCCCGGGCCUUACUGGCCCCUGUCGAUCCCCCUGGCUGUCCUUCAUUCCCCGGGGGUCUGCUGGCUGGGACGCUGUGGGGACACAAGCGGCGUCAGGAACAGGACCAAAGACUGCGGGCCAGACUAAGGGAAGAGGGAGCCGUGGUGAUGUCGGCCAUUUUGGAGCGCUGGAAAGCCCUGGCGGGAUACAGUCGCAGAGACAGCAUGGCCGCCUAUCUCACCAUCGCCCGGCAGUGGUCGGGGUUUGGCUGCACGCUCUAUGAAGUGGACUUUUACAUAAGCUCGACAGGAAGCUUCUCUCAGAAGUUGUGGCUGGGCGUGGCGGCUUCCUGUGUGUCUCUGUAUCGUCAGGGUGAGGCUGAAGCGUUGGAGUCUCUGCCGAUUGGUCAGAUCUGUUCCUAUGGCGUCUCUGAUAGCAACACAUUCAGGAUCACUGCAGGAGACAGAGAUCUGCUCUUCGAGACCUCCAAGCUGACUGAGAUCAUGCAGCUGAUGAAUGCUUACUUCAGUGCCACCCGUCGCCAGCUAGGCAAGGAUGACUGCAUCUCCAUGGAGACAAACCCUAAGCUCCACCCCUCCCUACUUGAGCUCCCCUCUCACCCGGUGUGAAGAGAGAAGGACUCGUGCGCACACACACACAGACUCUGACUGAUGCACACGUGUAUAUGCAGUCCUGACCGAAUGCUUCCCUGUGAGGAGCUUUUGCAAAGAGUACAAACUCAGAUGAGACUGAAAGGAGCAGAUGCUGUGGAAAUGGAGGAGGAGUGGAAGGUGUCCAGGGAGCCACAAACAGGAGAGCAGGUUCAGGAACUCACUUGCUACACCGCCAGCCAAAUUCAGAAAGGACAUGGGGCCCUCAACCGGCCCCUGCCAUCUGGGAGCCCGCCAAAUAUCACAGAGAGCAUAAAAGCCUGACUUCAGAGUGCAAAAAUCUUUUCUUAAGCAGUAUUUUUGCCUUGUUUUUUAAAUAUUUAAACAUCCUUAAAACAACAUUAUUUUUACUUGCUUUGAAAAAUGUUAAUACAUUUAAUUUUCCUUAAUUAAAUGUCAAUUCAUUCAUCAAUCAUCAGUUGAAUUCAUCAAGUAUUAAGACUAACUUUUCAGGAAGUUUCGUUUUCUUAUUUUUGCAUAAAUUUACCUUGUUUAAAGGAUGUUUCUGUUUUGUUUUUAUUAGAAAACAUGACAAAAAUAUUUUUUUUACAUUUUUGCAGUGAUGUCUUAGUAUUUCACUAAAAGAAGACAACACACACAUAAAAGCUCGCUCCGCUUUAAACUUUCCUUUCCAGACUCCUGCCUGGGUCGCCAUUUAACUCAUUCAUCGAACCGUACCUGACCUUGAAAUGAAAGCAGGUGCAAGUCACUUUCACGUCGACCUUCAGAACUGUCCAAUACUGAAGCGACGGUGGUGCGUGUGUGCGUGAGAGACAGAUUUGAACAUUUUAAGCUGUAGAAGCCAAAGGAUCUUUAGCUAGUCUGUAUGAUGUGAGUGUAUUUUGUGAAAUGCUUUGAGCCCGACCUGGUGCUGCUUGACUGUGCUGUUAGCUUACAGUAACUCUGCACUGUGUGUCCUGUAGCCACAACAGCCUCAGAUCUUUACAUCCGGUUAAAACCAACUAACUUAGACACAACCGUUUGCAGCCUGGUACCUGUGAAGGUAAAUGACAUUUUCACAUUUU